AUGUUUUACGACGAAUGGUUAAGAAUAGGAGAAAAGCUAGGGUUAUCCGGCAGCGAUUUAUUAUUGUUUCUUCAAGAAAAGGAAGAAGAGUGCCUAGCCAGAGAGGAAAGGGCCCGAAGGCGUGAAGAAGAAAGAAGACAGAUGGAAAUAAACUUUGAGCUCCAGAUAAAGGAAAAAGAUCUCGAGAUUGAGCGGAUCAAAUCCAGCAAAGUAACCACCAGUGAGGGAAGCAAGUCCCUCAGACCAAGAAUACCUAAGUUCGAUGAAGCAAACGAUAAUAUUGAUUCAUUUCUGGAGAGAUUUGAGAGACUUGCCAUCAGCCAAGACUGGGAGAGAGACACUUGGGCCAUGAGCUUAAGCUCAUUACUAUCAGGGCAAGGUCUGGAAGUAUUUACAAGUCUGCCGAUUAAAGAAGCCAACGAGUAUGACACCUUGAAGAGGGCUAUCUUAAAACGAUAUCAGUUGACUGAAGAGGGUUUCAGGGUGAAGUUCAGGCAGAGCAGACCACUACCUGGUGAGUCUGUUUUUCAGUUCAUUGAGAGGUUGAGACAAUAUUUCGCAAGGUGGACAGAUAUGGCUGGAGUAGAGCAGACCUUUCAUGGAAUAAGCGAGCUCUUAAUCAAGGAACAGUUCAUCGAGGGGUGUUCGACAGAUUUGGCUGUCUUCCUGAAAGAAAGAGUGCCGACAUCAAUAGAAGAGUUAACACGCCUUGCAGAACAGUACAUAGAAGCGCAUAAAGGGGCGUCUUCUGUUUUUGCCAGAGGUACUCCAGUUCCAAAACAAGGGCAGAUGGGCAAGAGAUCCAUUCCAGAGACAUCAAGCAGAGUGACAGAGAAUAGAAAUUCGCCAGUGAAGACAUGCUUUAUUUGUAAUAAGGCGGGCCAUUUAGCCAGAGACUGCCGACAAAACAACAGAAGCCAAGCACCGAAGGUGUGCUUUAUUUGCAACAAGACGGGGCAUAUUGCAAAAGAUUGUCGGCAGACAAAAUCAGAAGGUGUAAGAAGUGACCGCAAGGUAGCAGCCGUAUGUGCCAAAGCAGACCUUAAUCCACUAGAGAAGAACACUGAAGAUGGAAAGUUGAAGUUAGCCAGUGGUGAGACUGUGCCGAUCCCCGCGGGAGCUUGUACCAUUGAUUUAUUGGAAGAAGAAAGAAACCUGGAGUUGAAGAAGGGCUUUGUUGGAGCAGAUGCAGUUAGAGUGUUGAGAGAUACUGGAUGUGAGUUAGCGGCGGUAAAGAAGAAGUUUGUGAAAGAAGAACAACUCACGGGUAAAGAAAUUAUUAUGAUAACAAUUGAUGGAGAUGCCAAAGUAGUACCUUUGGCGAAAAUAUGGGUGGAUACGCCAUACUAUGUUGGGUAG